UAUGUCAAUCUUCUCAAGGAAAUAGAUAAUAGACACUGCUGCCGAGAAAACACCAUUUCGGCGUUAACCGUGAAUAGAUCCAGUAUGUUACAGGCAAUAAUCCUCAGCUGUGUGGUGGGACUCGAGUUGACUGCUGCUAUCAGGCACCAUCAUUUUAAUUUGACUGGUCAUGGUUCUGCCUUUCCUGCUUUCAUCAAAUACAAUGCAGAUCUUCACACCACAGACCUAUCCGUCUUUGAUCCUCGUACUGACCCCCAGGAGCUGCUUCUGCACUAUAUCACCGACGAGAAAAACGACAUGUUCAUGAGAAACGUCGGAAUGCCUGGAUAUUGUGAGGUGGGGAGGCUACCAAAGGACGCUGUAACUUUACUGGAGAGUUUGGAGAGGGAGGCAUUCCUUAAUCAUGAGGUUGUUGACAGUAUUGGGGGCAAAGCAAGUUUGUCGUUUACACCGACAAUGACGGAAUCUUCCGUUACAGUAGAUAUGACCAUCGUCAGAAGAUACUGUAGCUCACAGAAUGUGUCCAUGGGAACGUUUGAGUUACACUGGUUACAUGAAUCCCAAUAGAUGAUGCAUGGCAUUACCUUCCACUAAUAAACGUCUAGUGUAGUUCA